UUUCCUUCCUGCGCCCGCCCGGCCGGCAGGUUGACGCGCCUGGAUGCCGGGCUCGCGGCGCGGGGCUGGGCGCGCUCCCGCGGAGCCGGCGCCGCAGAGGCCCCCGGGCCGCGCUCGGUUGUCGCAGGUGAUCUGACGCUUUAAGGAUUGGCCUGGCCCGGAGAGGAGACUUUCCACAGGAGCACGGGAUGUAGAAGGGGGCCCCGUGGAUGGCAUGCCGGCCCGGCCCCCCGAGAAGACCAUGAUCCCGGCUGACCUCCUGGGCGUUCCCACGUGCUCCAGCGAGGCCUCCCGCACUUCCUCCCGUGCCCGGGGGAGCCCGGGGGGACGGCGGGACUGCGCCCGCGCGUGAGGCCGCGGCUCCAGCAGAGCAUGACCCUGGGCGGCCCCGUCCUCCCGGCUCUCCGCGGAACCCGAGCGCGCCCUGCCCCGAGCCCCGGGGCUGCGGCGCCUGCUGCUCUUCACACCCGGUGCCUUCCGCCCGCCUCCCGUGCCCGCCCGACGCCCUUCCCGCUGCCCGCCCGCCGCGUGCCCCCGGCUCCUCGCCCAUGGCUGGGGCCGGCCGGCCGCGGGCGCGACCAUGAGGCACUGCAUUGACUGCGGCGUCCAGUUGUCGCCCGACGACACGCACCAGCCGCGGCUUGGCGGCCGGGCAGGCGCCCCCCACGGUCCCCCGGAGGGCCCCGGCGCCACGUCCCGCGUGGACGGGAAGCAGAUGAACUUGCUGGCCGUGCUGGAGGGGCGGCCGGACGGGAGCGAGGGCUGGGGCGGGUGCUGGCGCCUCGGGAGGGGGCGGCGCUGCAGCCUGGCCUUCGGGCUGGUGAUCAUGACCUUGGUGAUGGCCUCGUACGUGCUCUCGGGGGCCCGCCAGGAGCUCCUGCUCGCCUCGCCCUUCCGCUACGGAGCCGGCCCCGGCAGCCCCAGCCCGCCGGGCGGCGAGAGCCCGGGCCACGCCAAGGAGCAGCCUCCCCCGCCGCCUGCCGGCAACCUCUCGGCGGCGAAGGACGCCCCGGGCCUGAGGCUGGUCAUCGACAGCAUCGCGGCCAGGAUCGCGUUCACGGCCAGGCAGCUCCCGGGCACAGACAUCCUCAGGAGGCAGGAGCCGCACAUGUUCGCCGUCAUCCCCAGGAAGUUUCUCCCGAGCAGCAGGAGCCCGUGCUGGUACGAGGAGUUCGCGGGGCACAACACCUCGGACCCCUACCUGACCAACUCCUACGCGCUCUACUCCAAGCGCUUCCGCGCCACCUUCGACGCGCUGCGCAAGGCCUUCUGGGGCCACCUGGCCCACGUGGCCGGGCGCCACUACCGCCUGCGCUGCCUGCCGCGCUUCUACAUCAUCGGGCAGCCCAAGUGCGGCACCACCGACCUGUACGACCGCCUGCGGCUGCACCCCGAGGUCAAGUUCUCCGCCAUCAAGGAGCCGCACUGGUGGACGCGCAAGCGGUUCGGCAUCGUGCGCCUGAGGGACGGGCUGCGGGACCGCUACCCCGUGGAGGACUACCUGGACCUCUUCGACCUGGCGGCGCACCAGAUCCACCGCGGCCUGCAGGCGGGCGAGCCGGGCCCGAGGAGCAGGAUCGUCACAGGGGAGGCCAGCGCGUCCACCAUGUGGGAUAACAACGCCUGGACCUUCUUCUACGACAACAGCACGGACGGCGAGCCGCCCUUCCUGACGCAGGACUUCAUCCGCGCCGUCCAGCCGGACGCCCGGCUCAUCGUCAUGCUCAGGGACCCCGUGGAGAGGCUGUACUCGGACUACCUGUACUUCGCGAGCUCCAACAAGUCGGCCGAGGACUUCCACGAGAAGGUGACGGAGGCGCUGCAGCUGUUCGAGGCCUGCCUGCUGGACUCCUCGCUGCGCGCCUGCGUCUACAACAACAGCCUCAACAACGCCAUGCCGGUGCGGCUGCAGGUGGGGCUGUACGCUGUGUACCUGCUGGACUGGCUCGCCGUGUUCGACAGAGAGCAGCUCCUCGUCCUGCGCCUGGAGGACCACGCGUCCGACGUCAAGUCCACCAUGCGGAGGGUCUGCCAGUUCCUCAGCCUCGGGCCGCUGAGCGAGAAGCAGGAGGCCCUGAUGACCAGGAGCCCCGCCUCCAACGCCCGGCGCCCCGAGGACCGCAGCCUGGGGCCCAUGUGGCCGCUCACCCAGCGGCUCCUGCGGGACUUCUACGGGCCCUUCAACGCCCGGCUGGCGCAGGUCCUGGCCGACGAGGCGUUCGCCUGGAGGAAGACGUGAGGCCGGGCGCGCCGGGCGCAGGCGCAGCGUCACGGUGAUCGCAGACGUCUCCCAGCACGGGAGCCGGGACUCAGCGUGAGGAGCCCCCACCCCGAGGCUCCUGCCCCGGGCACUGGUCUGUGGGACCUUCCAGAGUCCUCUGCGAUGUCACAGCCGGCCGUCGGCCCCUCACGAGGCUCCUCCCCCUGAGGCCACCGGAGGCCCCCCUGGUGGCCUGCAGUCCCCCUCGAGGCCAGGGUCUGCCUGGAGGUCACGCUGGAGGUCAGAGUGCAGGUCACGCUGGAGGUCACCCCACGGGGCCUGCCAGGACCCACAGGUCUCAUUGGCUCUGACGCGCUCUGUGGGCCGCUGACUCCCCUGGGGCUGGGGACGCUUUGUCUUGUCCCUUUUACUCCGAAGUCAGCCCCCCCCCCCCCUUCAGACACAAACCCGCUGGGUGUGGGGGGGCUCCUCCCGUGGCCUCAGUGCUCACUCUCAGGUGGAGAGCCCACGGCCGCUCUCCCCUCGGCAGGGUUUGCUCAGAGCGUGUUCCGUGUGUACCUGCAGCAGAACCCGGUCGGGAUGGAGGGGAGACCGGCUGUGGCUGAGCAGUGUCGGGGGCCGCACAC